AUGCCUCCCAAGUUCGACCCCAAUGAGGUUAAGGUCAUCCACCUCCGGGCGACCGGUGGUGAGGUCGGUGCCUCGUCGGCCCUCGCCCCCAAGAUCGGUCCUCUUGGUCUGUCGCCCAAGAAGGUCGGUGAAGAUAUCGCCAAGGCGACUGGUGACUGGAAGGGUCUGCGUGUGACGGUCAAGCUCACGAUCCAAAACCGGCAAGCGACCGUCUCGGUCGUCCCCACGGCCUCAUCACUCAUCAUCCGGGCGCUCAAGGAGCCCCCCCGCGACCGGAAGAAGGAGAAGAACAUCAAGCACAACAAGUCGGUGUCCCUGGAGGAGAUCAUUGAGAUUGCGAGGACGAUGCGGUUCAAGUCCUUCUCCAAGGACCUGAAGGGGGGGGUCAAGGAGAUUCUCGGCACGGCGUUCAGCGUUGGCUGCCAAGUGGACGGCAAGAGCCCCAAGGCGGUCAGUGAUGCGAUCGAUGCGGGUGAGAUUGACAUUCCUGAGGAGUAA